CAUUGCCCAACCAAUCACGAUUUACGCCGCACGUGGAGGUUACGCAAAGCGUGCGUAUCAUUUUCCUUCCUCUUCCGCUGUGAAGCCCGCGCACUGGCAGUGUGAGCGCUGCCCGACAGAACCUUGGUGGGCCGCCCUGUAGAACAGCAGGAGGUCUUGGAAGCAAUCGGAGCGAUUCACGACAAUGUCGCGAUCUGUGAUGCCCAGGGUUUACAUCGGGCGCCUCAGCCACAGAGCCCGGGAGCGAGACGUGGAGAGGUUCUUUAAAGGCUUCGGCAAGAUUGUUGAAGUGGAUUUAAAAAACGGGUAUGGUUUUGUAGAGUUUGAAGACAGCCGUGAUGCAGAGGAUGCAGUCUAUGAAAUGAAUGGAAGGGAACUAUGUGGUGAGAGAGUCAUUGUGGAGCAGGCACGUGCCCCAAGGAGGGACAUCCGAAGCGGGUAUGGUUACCGCAAAGGUGGCAAUGACAAGUAUGGCCCUCCAGUCCGUACAAUGUACCGGCUGAGAGUGGAGAACCUAUCUUCAAGGUGCAGUUGGCAAGAUCUAAAGGAUUUUAUGCGCCAGGCUGGGGAGGUUACCUAUGCAGAAGCCCACCAACGUCGUCAAAAUGAAGGCAUUAUAGAGUUCCGCUCCUACUCUGAAAUGAGGCGAGCAUUAGACAAGCUGGAUGGUAGUGAAAUUAAUGGGCGCAAGAUACAGUUAGUGGAAGACAGAGCUGGCUCCAGGACUAAAGGCUCUUCAUCUCGUAGUCGCUCCAGAUCCCGCUCAAGGAGGAGUAGAAGCAGCCACUCCAGGUCCAGAUCCCACUCUCGAUCCUAUAGUAGGAGCCGCCAACGGGAGAGGAGCAGAAGUCAAAGCAAACAAAGGAGAAGCAAAAGGAGCCACAGCAAAGAGAGGAGAGGGAGUAGGAGUGUCAGCAAGGGAAGGACAGGGAGUAGGAGUGUCAGCAAGGGAAGGAGUAGGAGUGUCAGCAAGGGAAGGAGUAGGAGUGUCAGCAAGGGAAGGAGUAGGAGUGUCAGCAAGGGGAGGAGAGGGAGUAGGAGUGUCAGCAAGGGGAGAAGGGGUAGCAGAAGCCAGAGCAAGGGAAGAGCAAGUAGAAGCCAGAGCAAGGGAAGAGCAAGUAGAAGCCAGAGCAAGGGAAGAGCAAGUAGAAGCCAGAGCAAGGGAAGAACAAGUAGAAGCCAGAGCAAGGGAAGAGCAAGUAGAAGCCAGAGCAAGGACAGAGCAAGUAGAAGCCAGAGCAAGGACAGAGCAAAUGGAAGGGAUAGGAGUGCAGAUGAAAAGGAGAGUGUAAGGAGCAAGAGCCGCAGUAGAAGCAAGGGAAGAAGGGAAACAGACAGCCAGAGCAAGGAAAAGAAAGAGAUUGUAAGCAGGAGCACAGAGCGAAGCAGAAGCCAUAGCAAAGAGAGCAGGCAAAGCAGAAGCCAUAGUAGAGAUGCAAAGGAAAGAAAUGAAAGCACAGAGGGGCAAGAGCUGAAUAGCCGAAAGGGAGAUAGAAGUGAAAGUAAAGACAGGAGCCAUAGCAGAGAAAGAAUAAACAGUAAGGAAAGAAGCAGAAGCAAGGAUAGAGACUACAUCAGAAGCAAAGAUAAACACUCUCGAAAAUGCAGCAGGGAUCAAAAAAGGAGCCGCAGUAGGGAUAGAUCUAGAGAGAGACGGUCAAAACGUAGCAGGGAGAGAAGCCGCAGGAGUGAACGAAAUAGGCCUUCCAGCCGUAGCAAAGAGAGAACUAGAAAGCGAAGUCGUGAACGAAGGAGCAGCAGUGGUGAGCGCUCAAAAAAAAUCAGGCGAGAAGACACAGUGGCUUUCACUACAGAAUCUGACCAGGAGGCAGAAAAUGAGGAAGGAAGCAAGGCUGAAGUUGUACAACAUCCUGAAACAAUUGGGGUCACUCAACAAAUUGAGGAGACUCCCAAACCUCUUUCCAAAUCAGCAUCUCAUGUGGAGACUAGUGUUGAAGCUGGAGCCAAUGCAAUCACUGAAGCAUGUGAAGAAGUUGGAAGGCUGGACUGUGACUAGCAUUUCAUGUUUACCAUUAGAGCUACUUUUACCUUUUCCAUGCAAAGUUUUUUAUAUUUAUUUUCAAUUUAAUUUUUUUUUUCUAGCCUGGUCAAUCUCUCUGGAUAUUUAGAAAAAAGAAAAUUCAAUGUAUAUUUGCUAUAUAUUUUGCAUGGGCUUAAUUCAUGUAAUUAUAGCUUAACCCUAACUGUUUUUCCUUCUUCUGCCUUUGCAAGCACAAUUUGGUGACAUACUAGGGUGCGACAAUCUUAAGUGUACGAUAUAUAGUAAUCCCAUAUGGCUCCAAGUUUGCGCUCUGCUGCUAAUGGGUAGAUGAAACUCCUGUCUGGUCUCUCAUUGAGUCACUUCUGAAGGUGUUUAUAAAUGCCUGGAAGAAUAUCCUGUAAACAUGGGUUCCUUUUACAUUUUCUUUCUUCUUUUUUUUUUAUUUGUUUUUUUUUUUGUCUUUUUAGAAUUUUCUUUCCUUUUUUUUUUAUUUUGGUACUCUUUCAGUUGAAACUACAUCAGAAAAAUGAAUCCUAGUGUUCAUAAAUUUGAAUAAAGACAUUGCUUUAGAAAUUA